CUGUUUGUAUCUACUACUCCACCAGAUUUGACUUCAAGGUCGGUCUCCUAGCUCAAAAAGCUUAUCUUACAGUGUCACUAACUCCAGAUAAUCUUAAGGCCAAAAAAAAGACUCGGUACUCUUGGCUUUAAGACACCAUUAAAGCCCAAGAAUCAGGUUCUCUCUCACAAAAAAAGAAUCAAGAAUCUCUGAGUAACGAAACAGAGAUUAAAGAACUUAGAUCCGAUAUAGGAGAAGCUCUUGAGGGAGAUACAAACAAUGGCAGGAUUCACUAUGAGCUUGAAUCUAUUUCUACUAGUAGCCAUGGUAGCUACCAACAUCCUCUCCCUCUACCACCUCUCCUCCACCACCAACUUCUUCCAGUCCGCCGUCAAAUUCUCCCCCUCCUCCGUCCCCACAGUCCCCGACCACCUCCUCCGUCAGCUUCACACGAUCCGCGCCGCCAUCAACCACCUCACAAACCACAGUCCAGACAAAUCGACUUCAACCGCCUCCUCCACCGUCUCCUCCUCCUCCGCGCCGCCGAAAGAUCUCCUCCUCUACUCCAAGCUCUCCCCCAUAGCUUCCGCUUGCCACAACUACCCCGACCUGCUCCACGAGUACAUGAACUACACUCCUUUCUCUCUCUGCCCCUCCGACGCCGAUCUCGCCGAGAAGCUCAUCCUCCGCGGCUGCCACCCUCUCCCUCGCCGCCGUUGCUUCUCCCGCACGCCAAGGGUUACAGAUUCAAAGCCUGAUUCUCAUGUUAUCUGGUCUUACUACUCAUCCUGCAAGACGUUCGAUUGCUUGGCGACGAAGUUCCCCGGCGCAGGCUUCGACCUCUCCGCCGAGAAGUCCAAAUCUCAGUUCUCCGCGUACAAGUCCGAGCUCGAUCUCCCGAUCACGCAGCUCCUCCAGAUCGCUAAAUCUGCAAACUCCGUCCUCCGCCUCGGGAUCGACGUCGGCGGUGGGACGGGAUCCUUCGCGGCGGCGAUGAAGGCGCGCAACGUCACCGUCGUGACCACGACGAUGAACUUCAACGCGCCGUACAGCGAGGCGGUGGCGCUGAGGGGGCUCGUGCCGCUUCACGUGCCUCUCCAGCAGCGGCUUCCGGUUUUUGACGGCGUGGUGGAUUUGGUUCGGUGUGGGAGGGCUGUGAACCGUUGGAUUCCGGUUACGGUUAUGGAGUUUUUCUUGUUUGAUUUGGACCGGGUUUUGAGAGGUGGUGGUUAUCUUUGGUUGGAUCGGUUCUUUAGCAAGAAGGUUGAUCUUGAGAAUGUGUAUGGGCCGAUGAUCGGGAAGUUGGGAUACAAGAAGGUGAAAUGGGCGGUGGCGAAUAAGGUGGAUUCGAAGCAUGGUGAAGUUUUCUUGACGGCUUUGCUUCAGAAACCUGUUGCAAGAUGAUGAACAAUCUUUUCUGAGGGCACUUUCGUCGAGUCUCAGAACGUGUAUGUUUGUAGCAAACAGCUUACUGUUGUUGAAGAUUUGGGAAACAAGAUUCUUGGAACAAUUAUAGAUAUGAAGCUUUUUCCAGCUGUAAGCACAGAAGCAACAAUGUGUUAAUUUCUGCAAAACAAGUAGUCAUUUUAAUGCCAAGUUUCUGAAUCUAUUGUUGUUAGAGGGACUGAUCAAGUUAUACAUAAUUUAUGAAUUCCUUCUGUCAACUUAUAUAUGCAUUCAUAUUAUUUGUAA